AUGAAUUUUGAUUUGAAAUGGAAUUUUGGUUGGAGUAAUAAUGCACGAAAUUUUCUUCGAACAUCGUAUGAUGAACGACCAGCACAUUGGAAAGAAAAUUUUUUAGAUACUUUAAAUUAUGCUCGAUGGAGUGAAGAUAAAAUGAUUUGUACAGUGAGUCAUGAUGAUACAGAAACAGGUCCGUUAAAUAGUAGAAAUGUUCUGCUGAAUUGUGCUUCACAUGCUCCAAAUGAAAUGGAUAAAUUUGCAGAUUUAAGAAAUUUUUUUGCAUGGCAAAUAUGUUCACCAAAUCGUGGUUAUUUGAUUCAUAUGGACGAUGAAAUUGUUGAACCAAUGUCAUGGUUUCAACGAUGUUUUUGCGGUAAAUCAAGUAUGAAUUGGUCAUUAUCGAAUUCUUCAACACUACAUGGUCAAAUUCAAAAAUGUAUUCAAGGUUAUUCAUUAAUUUAUGAAUAUGCACAGUAUUUAAUUAUUGCAUAUCAUCGAGGUAUUUCUAAUAAUCAUCGAAUUGCUGUUAUUCAUAAUUUUUCAAAUCAUGCUUAUAUAUCUUAUGAUAUUCCAUUACCAAAAUCAGAUCCUAAUAUAAAACGUAUUCAAUAUGUGAAAGAAAUAUUCAAUACAAAUCAAUUAAAAUAUGGUGAAUCCGGAACUUUUCAUAAUGAACAAAUUGAGAUUAAUCGUAAUAAUAUGAUACUUACAGUUGCCCUUCCUCCUCUUUCAACAAUUAUAUUAGAUGAAACUUUGAUUUGA